UAGAGACCUUUAGAUCCAUGGACCAGGUCCACGACCAGGACGAGUUUUGGCCGCGCGCGCACUGGUACUACAGACUAGUCCUCGGCCUGGUCGUCGUCAAAUUGCAACAUUUAGAUAGUAAACAAACCGUCGGAAUGCAAUUUUAUUAAGUUUGUUCAUAGUUUGGCCAUGUUUGAGCCAUGUUCUCCAAGGAAAACAUUCUAACAUCUUCAAUUAUGCUAUACCUCGACGAUUUUUUGGAGGAGGAAGAUGUCAUUCGAGUUAUCUUGGAGCAAAAUCGGAAAAAUCCUGCCAUUCCUCACGAGAAUUACAGUCGGAUCGAGGAGACACUCGGUGAUAUGUCUGAGGCUGAACUAAAGGCUGAGUUUAGGUUCGGUCGUGGCGAAAUUGACCUGCUUCUCGAAGCUCUUCAAAUCCCGGAGUCAUUCAACUGCAUCAAUGGAACUGUUUCUUCUGGUUUGGAAGGACUAUUGAUGUUUUUGAGGAGGUUUGCAUACCCUUGCAGACUCGGUGAUAUGAUCCCACGGUUUGGUCGCUCUAUUCCUGAGCUUAGCCUCAUUUUAUCAGAGGUCACCGAUUUUAUUGUGAAUACACAUGGUCAUCUGCUACUUGACUUGAAUCAACCCUGGUUACAGCCAUUCCAAUUGGAGUCGUUUGCUCGGGCAAUCAGCCGAAAAGGUGCUGCGCUGGACAACUGUUGGGGUUUUGUUGAUGGCACUGUAAGACCCAUCUGCCGUCCAGGAGAGCACCAAAGAAUAAUGUAUAAUGGCCACAAAAGAGUUCAUGGUAUUAAAUUCCAGUCCGUGGUGGCGCCAAAUGGCCUAAUAGCCAACCUGUUUGGUCCAGUCGAGGGAAAGAGGCAUGAUGCGAGGAUGCUACAGAUGUCAGGGUUACUGCACCAACUUCAGCAAUACUCUGUUGAUCAAGCACGGCAGCCACUUUGCAUCUAUGGGGAUCCUGCUUACCCUCUCAGAGUUCAGCUACAGGCACCAUACAAACAUGCUCACCUCACAGCCGACCAAGAGGCCUUCAAUUCUUCAAUGAGCAAAGUUUGAUCGGCUGUUGAGUGGGUGUUUGGGGACAUUGUCUCCUAUUUUGCCUUUCUGGAUUUCAAAAAGAAUCUCAAGAUGGGACUUAGUCCAGUUGGUACCAUGUAUGCUGCCUGUGCUCUUCUACGAAAUGCUCAUACAUGUUUAUACAGCUCUAUGUCUAGCUCUUUUUUUGACCUAGAGCCACCUACUAUUCAAGAGCACUUUCAAGUUUAAUGAAAAUAAUUUGGGCUAUUCCAUUUUUGUUCCCCUCAUAUCAAAGAGCCAGAAAGAGUCUUUUAUAUUGACUCUGGAUUUCCUUAGGGGUCUUCAGUUUUGAACCUGGUUUUCCACAGGGGGCUUUGAUUUCAACUAUAGAUUUCUAUAUGUUUGCUAGAGUCUUGAUUAGCAAUAGGGUGCAUAAAUUUAUCUGACAUUUCCACAGGGGUAACAUGAGAGAUUCUAGAUUUCCACUGUGGUAGAGCAAAGUUCCUCGAUUGGGGGAUUACAAAUUUUAAAUGGAAUAUGGCACUUUCUGUCAGUCUUUUAUUAGCUAGCUGCUAGUUUCUGUUUUUAAUUCUAUUCUGCUAGUUUCUAUUUUUUUGUUAUUUGUCGAAUAUGAAGGAGCCAAUUAUAUUCAUAAUUAUACGAGGCUUGUUAAGACAGAUUCUUUUAGUGUUUAAAGCAACUUGUGGCAAAAAAUCUGGUUACUUAGAAAGUACCAAACCUAUUGGCUUUAUUUGGCAACUUUUGAAAGGUUUGCAUAUAAAAAGAAACUUUUGUUUCCUUGAUGGCAGCCUAGGAAAAUCAAUUCCUUUAGGUGGUGAACUUUAAUUUUUCGGCUUCCAUGAAUAUUUCUUGGGAGGACUAACCAAAGUAAAUACUGACCUAUAGUUCUUUCAAAGUAAAUUAAAACUAAGCCAGGGGGUUGUCAACGUUCGAGUAUAUAGAUUUUUGAUUGCUACAGGUAUUCUAUAAAAUAAAACCCUUUUAGAUUCUUGUGAA